AUGUUAAGAAUUUUACUUUUUGGAAUAAUAUUAGAUAUUAUACUAGGUUCUAAGAUAUUUUAUUAUCAUGAUCCUAGUAAUGAUAUUAGUAAGCCAAGAACUCAUGCAAAAAUCUCAGAAUCUAGUAUAUAUAAUGGUGAUUGUAGACACAAUUAUUGAUUUCUAUUUUGAGUUCAAUUAAGACUAAAAAGAAGUAACAAUGAUGAUUGAGAUCGAUAAGAUUAGUUACUUUUCAUUAGGGUUAGGAUAAUCUAUGAGUGAUGCAGAUCUUUGGGUAUUUGAGAUAGAUUAAAAUGCAAUUAUUGGAACUGAUUCACAUUCUACAAAACAUUAGGUUCCACCAACAGAUGUUUCAUAAGGUGGUACAAAUGAUAUAGAAAUUUUGGGUUAUUAUUAUAAUUAGAAUGGUAAAAGUGGAGUGAAAUUUAAAAGGAAAUCAAUUACAGGUAUUAUUAAAUAAUCUAUAAUGUAGGGGACAAAUAUGAUAAGGAUUUAAUCUAAGAAAAAGGUGUUGAUUUUAUAUGGGCACAUGGUAAAAAUGAUUAGAGUUUGAUGGUUUCAAAUCAUGGUAAGGGUAAUAAUGGAUGGGUGAAAAUUGAUAUGAUUGAUAAAGGAGGAGACAUAGAUGUUGAAAUAGAAGAUGAAAAUAAAUAUUAUCUAUUACAUAAAUGGACUAACUUUAUUUGUUGGGGUAUGGCAAGUGAUUUAGCAAUAAUAAUUGGAAGAUAUUUUAAGACUUGGGGAUAUAGAACAUAUAUGCAUGGAAUUCUAUUUAUUUUAAUAAUAUCAAGUUCCUUAACAACAGCAAUCUUUAUGUUGAAUACUAAUUGGGAGAUAUUGGAAUGGAAACAUUAUAAAGAGGAGUCAGUAAAGAAUAAAUUCCAUAUAGUAUUAUUUAUGAUCUUAGCUAUUUGCAUGAUAUUUCAAUGUAUAGGUGGUAUAAUGUAUAAUAUAAUGCUUAUUUCUUAUAAGAAGAAUUAAAAGGUAUCUGUGAAACCAUCUUAUCAUGCAAUUUUUGGAACUCUUGUCUAUGUAUUUGGUAAGAUCUAAAUAAUUGCUGGAUUAUUCAUGGAUAAUGAUAUUAGAUUUAUUUUAAUUCUAGGAGCAGUAUUAACUAUUCGUUUCAUAUUGGAAGUACUCUAUUAAAGAGGAUCAUUAAUGGUUAUGACAAAUAAUAAUUCUAGUAGUUCUUACUUCAAAAAAUAUAAAGUUCUUCCUGAUUAAGAAACUUUGCUUUAAAAAAUAAAUUAUAGUGAAUGUGAAGAGAAUAAAAUAAAUUAAUUAUGGUGUAUUUAUCAUAAUCAAAUUAUUGAUUUAUCAUAAAUGAAUCAUCCUGGUGGCAAUUAUAUUUGGAAAUUACUUUAAGGUUAAGAUAUUACUUAGUAUAUACUUGGAGCUUAUGCUGUACCUUAAUUAACUAUAAAACCUUAUCGUCAUAGUAAUUAUGCAUUAAAGGCUUUAUAAAAAUAUAAAACUGGUGUUUAUGUCAAUAAGGAUUUAGAAUUGUUCUACAAUAAAAGUACUCAAAGACCAAUAAAGAAAUUAAAAGCUAUUUGGAUUUUAACUAGAAUCAAUCCCUAUACUUCUAAUAUUGCUAAAUUUGAAUUUACAAAUACUUAAUUUCAUCUUAGAAAUACUAUUAAUGGAUUAGAUACUUUUGGGUCUUAUUUCAUUAUAAAGUCAGAUGAUAAUGAUGAUAUUCAUUAAAGAUAAUAUACUAUGGUUUUAAGUAUGACAAAUAAAAGAGUGAAAUAUAGAAAAGAUAUCCUUGAAUUAUUUAAAAAGAUACUCAAUUUAUAACCAAUUCACAAAGAUAUACCUAAAUUGGAAGAGUUUGAAGAUGAAUUACCUUUAAUAAUUAAGAAAUAUGAAACAAAAUAAGGUUUUUCUAAUUUCAUUCAUGAAGAUAAUAGAUAAGGAUAAUAUAUUAUUGAAGGUCCUUAUGGAAAUUCUAUUUAAAUUGAAAAUGAUUCACAUUUAAUAUUUAUUGCUGGAGGAACAGGAUUAUUUCCAUUUUUAGAUAUUUUAGAUUAUUAAUUGAGAGUGUCUUAUAGGUAGAUUGUUCAAAUGAAACUUGGUUUAGAGGCAUCUGAUUUAAUAGAUUUAAAUAUUAAUGAGAUUAAGAAAUUUACAAUAACAAUGUUUUUAGCAGUCAAUUCAAUUGAUGAUUUGGUAAAUAAAUAUAUAUAUAUAUAUAAUAUAGAUUGGAAGAGAUAUUUAUUUUGCUUUGCUUUCAUUACAGUAAUAUUUAGACACUCCUAAUUUUAAGUUAAUUAUUAAAGGCAAUUUUAAAUUAAAAGAAUGUCCAAUUAUUGGAACUAGAUUUACACAAUAGACAUUUAUUGAACACAUACCUGAUUAGCAUAAUUCAACAAAUUAUUUAAUUUGUGGUCCACCAUAAAUGAAUAUUGAAAUUGAAAGAAUAUUAAGAGAUAUGGGAAUAAUGAAAAUAAUGGUAUUAUGA